UUUUAUGACAUUUCAGCGAUUAGAAGAUGUCACAUUUUACAGUCAUAGAUAUGGUUUGAUUACUAAUCACAUCCCUUAUUACAAAAGGGGAAUAUGCCAACAAAGCAGAGGACCAAGGUAGCAGAGCACAUUUUACUUAGAUUUGCAUGUGAUCGUAGUUAAUGGCUAGAAUUCAAGUUGCCAAGUUUCCUGUCCACGAAGCUGCGAUCCUGAAAUCGAGUAGUUCUGGACAUUGGAAUAUGGAAGAAGAUGAAGUUCUUGAUCGAUUAUAUGAUAAUAGCUCACAAAAUAGGUUCGAUACUUUAGAACAGUUGAUUAUUACCGUUAAAAGAACAAGUGGACGUUUGCCCUUCGAUGACCCAUGUUCAAUUUUUAAAGGUUUAACACAUGCAUUGUCGGAUUCCAACUGGGAUAUUCGUUUAAAAUGCAUUCAGCUGCUCAACGAAGUAAUACCUCGUGCAGAGGACGAUCUGGACGAAUGCAUGACGUUGGUUGUUUGGAAGUUAAUUCCAAACAUAGGAGAUCCAAAAAUUUGUGUCAAACGAGCGGUCAUCCAAACCCUACAUUUAUAUCUAAAAUACACUCAGAAUGUACCAGCUUUGAUACAGUCAAUUGUAAAGAUUGGACUUGAAAAUGAGGAUACAAAAGUUAUGAAAGAAACCAUUUCAGCAUUACCAGUGAUCUUGACAAAAGAAUUUGCACAUGAGAAUUUCUAUGACAUCAUUCAAUCUCUUUGCAAAAAAUUAUUUGACACAUCUGCUGAAGACAAUCUACAAGAUUCAUCCCUUUUUACCCUGCGCAAGAUAGAAGAACUUGUUGGGGAAAAAAAAUUCAGAAACUAUAUUCAAAAGUUGUCGGCACCAUUAAGAAAAUAUUAUUUGCAGCUUGCAGAUAUCUCCGACACGAUAGUGAUUGAGACCCCAAGAUCGGUUUCAAACACAAACUCAAAUUCUAAUACCCCAAGAAACAACGUGCAUGCAUCAUAUUCAAGAAAAGAAUCAAACACGUCAUUUCCUAGAAAUGAGUUUUAUUCAGGAGCUGGAAAUCCUUAUAACAGAAAUGAAUUUUCCAGUGUCGGUGGAUUUGCAAAUGGUAGAGAGACGGACAGCUAUGAAUUUGGUAUUGUACCUAGUCAUGUAAUGAACCACAUAAAUGAUCAAGAAAAUUUCAGAACACGGGCACAGGCUGUCGAAGAUCUAAAGCGAAUCAUGAAAGAAUUGAAUAAUGCAGAAUUAAACACAUACUUGAUGCCGCACAUGCUUGCUUUUAUUAGCUUUUUGAACAAUCUGUUAGAUGAUCCAAACUUUAAAAUUCCAACAGUGACAUUGGAAAUCUUAUGUUCAUUAGUUGAGAAACUAGGACAAAAUGUGAAACAGUUCCUACGACCUUUGAUCUCGGCCCUUGCCAAAAGAAUGUAUGACAAUAAAAUUGUUAUACGCCAAGCAGUUAUGAUGGUUGCUAUCAAAAUGAUGCAGAGCUACUCUGCCAAGCCAGUAUUAGCUGUGAUAGCGGAGCAUCUUCAUCACAAAAACUCGCGCGUUCGGCAAGAAACUAUAAAUAUCAUCAUCGCAUCGCUGUUAACAUUUCCUAGUUACGAGUUUGAUCUAGCAGCCAUUUGUCAAUUCAUUGGUCCAUGCCUGACAGACAGCAAGCGCCAAGUACGUCAAGCUGCGUUGGAAUGCUUUUCCGUCCUUGCCCAGGCAAUGGGUUCUGGCCAUCUGCAGCCUUUGGUGCAGGUUGUUGACCAGGUUGAGUUAAGCUCUGAUGGAGAAGGGCUUAUGGCUGCUGUACAGGCACGACUAGCACGCAAACAGUUGCCCAGACUGAACACUGAUGGCCUGGUGGAGUAUGCCACACCCAUUCCAUCUUCAGCAACUCAGCGGUCAUCCACUCUGACACAGGGAGCUGAUGUCGAAUGGAUUCUGUCUGUCAGUGGCACAGGUUCAGCAAGGUCAAGUCGAACUGACCCUCAUAUGGAACUGGAAUCUGUAAACAGUUCGGCAAGAAAUACCCCAUCUGCACCGGAAACUCCAACACCUGUUCCCAGACGAUUCAUGAGUGCUGGAAGAGGUCGAAAUAAAUUUCCUUGGGAGGAAGAGAAAGAUGAGUGGAACAGUGCCUAUUCCACAAUGCCUGGAUCAGCUCCUAUCCAGGCUAUUGAUGAUGCCUCUCCUACUAAGGCCCGUACAACGUGGACCGUUGAUUCGGAGAUGCCCCCUGACCCCCGACGAGUUCCAAAACGACGAUCUACUGUGAUGGGAAUUGACAUUCCAGACGACAGUGAAGCAAGUGGUUCCUACAAACAAAUAUACCAGAACAAGCUACGACGUCAACAGAAUGCAGCUGCAAAAUCCACAAACUUUGAAUCGGGAGAUGCAUCUUUUUCAGUUCAAGAUAUCAAAGAAAAUGGAUUCCAUAGGCCAGAUCACAAAACUACUCCACGGCCUUUCUUGGACCCUAUUUCAGCUGACAUAGGGUCAGCCAAUACCGGGGAAGAUGCUAAGAAAGAUGAAGAUGAAACACCAAUAAACUUGAAGCCAACUCUAGCCCGAGGGUCAGCAACCCGGCGACUCACACCCAAAGUCCCUCCCAUAUCAACAUCGUCAUCACCGUCGUACCCACGAGAUGACGAUGCUGACAGUGCGUACUCUGCCUCGGUGGAAGGCAGUCGCGAUGACAGUCAGGAUGAGAUGCUUAACUCAUUGCGGAAAAUACGACACAGUGCCUCAAAAAAGAAAGCGGAGAAAAUCUUUGAAAAAUUGGAAAAGCAAAGUAGCCGCCAGAGUAUGUCAUCAUCUCCACCUCUAUCUGACAAUUUUGAAGAAAGUGGAGUGUUCAGUAGCUACUCGAAGAGGGAUGGCGAAGUCAACAAGAAGAAGGGCAAAAAAAUUGAAUCGCCGUUUGAGGCGAGACCGAAGCUUGCACGAAAUGGCUCCAUCAAAAAGAAAGACAGUUUUGAGAUGGAUGAGAAAGGUAAUACCACUCAGAACUACAAUCCGUUGAGUGGUGCCACCUUUCGCGAGAACAAGACCUCCGAUGUACAGAUCGUGGGCAAGGGUUACAGUGAUGAUUCUUCAACCACUACUACCCUGAGUGAUCGGUCAACCACUCAGCUCAAUUCUGUCAUGAAAACUAAAGACAGAAAAAGGGUCACCAAAGGCUCUACGGUUUCUCCUCUCGGUGUUUCCUCUCCGUAUGGGUAUGGCACCAUUGAGAUUGAUGACGACAAAGUGCCCAGUCAAGACAAUAUUGCACUUGUCGGAAAGGGUAUGUUCGAUACUCAAUCCAACUCGUCAGACAAUGCUAUAAACAAUGGGUUUGGUGUUGGCAAGGUUGGUCGGCCACACAACAGGAAUGAUGUGAAGGCUGUACCCUCAGGUGUCAUAGGUGUUAGAGUGAAGCAGAAUUCUGAUCCAUACAACGACAUUCUUGGCGCUGAAGAUGAUGUAGGGGAGGACAUGAACUCGACAUUUACAAAGACUCUGAAAGAAAGAAUUGCUCAGAAACAGAAACAGAAGGAGGAGGAGGAGGAGCGCCGGCGUGCAGAGAAGGAAAGAAAACGGCAGGAGCAUGAGGAGAAGUUGAAACGAGAGAAGGAGAGACAGCAGGAGAAGCUGAGACGACUCAGUAGCUCCGGCAGUAUGGGAUUGGAGAGUCUGACCAUAUCUGGAUCGAAUUCAAGCUCGAACCUUUCAAGUGUGUCCAAGGGAAAUGCACCUAAGCCGAUGCCACCAGCUGUGACGCCAAGAAACAAGAUCAAAACUAGCAAUGAACCCGUAUCAAGUCUUCCGAUGUCAGCAGCAGCUCAGUCACCCGUUGAUGACAACCCAGCUGACUGGCAGCCAUUCAAGGAUCCUGACGGCGCCCUCAGAGAGGCGCAGAAGAAAAUCACUAAUGAAGAUUGGGAGAUGAAGAUAAGCGCAAUAAUUUUGCUGCGCCGUCUGAUGAGGUUUCACCCAGAGACACUCAAUUCACAGCUACAUGCAGUCUUGCUGCUUGUUUUAAAUGAGGUGAAGAAUCUUCGAUCUCAAGUAUCAAGAGCAGCCAUAUUGGGUCUUGGAGACAUGUUCCUGUAUCUCAAGAAAAGCAUGGAGCCUGAUCUUGAUAUGGCAGCAAGGGGUCUUUUGGCCAAGUCUUGUGAAACUAACGCUUUCAUUCGAGCAGAUGUUGAAACGGCUUUGAUGUGCAUGGUUGAUAAUGCAAAUCCCCAAAGAGCCUUGGUGGCACUGAUUUCUGGAGGAGCCUCACACAAAAGCACCGCUGUGCGGAAGGUGACUGCCCAGUAUCUGGCAGUCUUGGUGGAGAGGAUGGGACCUGGUAAAAUACUGAGUGGAAUCAAAGACAUUACGGAUCGUAUUAUACCCACUGUUGCUCAGUUCGUUAGUGAUGGCUCGCAAGACACAAGAUAUUAUGGUCGGAAAAUGCUAUCUCUGUUAAUGCGUCAUCCUGACUUUGAUAAGAUGCUCACCAAACAUUUACCAUCUAAUACACUCAGACAUGUGCAAGAUGUCGUUGAAAAUCUCAGACAAAAGGGUCUUGGGGAUGUGCCAAAUGAAACCUCGUCGGCAAGGUCUCGGAAAUCGGGACAGGGCAGUCGAGCUGGCUCCUCUGUGCGUGGUGGAUCAGCAAGCAGUUCCGUUGAAAGUGUCACAACUACUCCGGUGCCAAAACGUCGACCUAUGAAUCGAACUGAUGAAAAUACAAUGGAAGAGAUCAAGCAGAUAAUGGCCAAGAUGUCGGCAACAGACUGGAAAGAGCGUGAUCAAGGGAUCUCAGAUUUACAGGACAUUUGUCAGUCCAAUCCUGGUGAUGUUGGAAACCACAUUGUAAAGAUCUUUGACCGAUUUCUCCCACGACUGCAGGAUGCGAACAGCAAGGUAAAUCGCCAUGCCCUGGAGGUGAUGCAGGGCAUCAUCCCCCUACUGAAGGAUUAUCUCGGCGCUGUCAUCAGCCUGGUGGUCAGUCAUGUUGUACCAAACCUGUCGUCGAAAAACACCGACAUCUACAACCUGGCAAGCGAUAUCCUUCAAACAUUAAUUGAAUAUUUGGAUCCUGUCCUCCUUAUUAAUCCUUUUUCGAAUCAAGCUCUGAAUGCCAAUGCUCGCAGCAAGUCCGACAUGGUGUUAAAGGUUGCAUACUUGGUGGACUGUGUGUAUCAGAAGAAACCGAAGCAGAUUGUACUGCACGUGUUGCCGUUACUGUGGCACCUGCUUGGAACAGCGAACAACAGCGGAGAUCUUCACAACUCCAUAGCGGCUCUUGUGAACGUCCUGCACAAACACAUGGGCCCGGCUCUUCUCGACAAGGCAAACUCUGUUCCUGGAGUCACAACGAGACAACUCCAGCUGUUGCAAGAUUACAUAGAAAGGCGUUAACACUACAUACAUCUUGUGUACCUUGCUUGUCGGUAGCAGAUUCAUUAGAUGCUAAAUGCACUGUGGCUUUUAUUUAUCAUAGGUUUGAGUAUAACCCGUAAUUUAUCAACAUCUGAUGUAAAGGACGCAUUAAUUAAAAAUUUCUUAUUUGAUUUACACACACACAAGGACAAAUGUAAUAACACUGCUGUGGUGGUAAAACCAAACAACAAAUAUUGGUUCUAAAUUGCUGUACCUUGAACUGAUUAAAUUUUAAUGUCUGUAUGUGUCAUAAACUUUAAGUGUGUAUCAUGAACCAUUUACAAUUUUAGAAACACAUGGAGACAACAGAUAUAUUUAAAAUUCAUAGCAUCAUAUUUGUUUUCACUCCAUCAUUCCAAUGAUAACUAUAGUUACAUGAUCUACUAACUCAAGACUGUUGAUGUUCUAAUGAAGAAUGAAAAAAACAUUUACCAAUAUUGAAAUGUACACUUUACUAGGAGGGUUAAAGUAAGGUAAUUGGAAGAAAGGAGUGUGAAUGUUUUGAAAUCUACAAGCAGUGAUAUGUGGCGAGUAUAAACUGGAGAUUAUUUGCUAGAGGUGACAUUUAAUUUAGCUACAGUAUCGCUUACAAUCUGUUCAACACAGGUUUAUACCACAUUGACUUCUAAUGGAAGUACAUCUGAGAUAUAAUACUGUAUUGAAACCUUUAAACUAUGUCUCUUGAAAUAUCUUCGGUGGAAAAUAAUAUCUACAUUUUUAUUACCAAAUGUUCCGUCUUGUUACUUUAUCAUUUAUCUUUUUUACGGGCAAAAGAAAGCUCAGGUGUUAAGAUAAUUCAUGUUUUGCUUGUUUUGUCUCUUAUGUACACAAAGCCAUUGUCUAUUGUUGUCUUUUUUUUAGACAUUAUGAAUGCAUAUCUGUGAUAUUGUUAUCUACGUCAUUGCAAUGCUGUGAUCACAGUGACACCGUUUCAUGUACAUCAUUCAAGUUGGAUUUUGUUUUUCACAUGUUCAUAUUACUGUAUUGGCAAGACUGCUAUCCACUUAAAGUUAUUACAACAUGAUACCAAUACAUCCCAUUGCUACUUGUUACAGUGGGCGUGUAUAUGUUGUCAUUGGAAGACAGCUAGUUAAUUGUCACUGUAUAAAUGUUCUCCGACUCAUCUUCAAAUAACAUUCAAGCACAAUGCAGUGGGCACGCAUCCCUACAGGAGAUGAGGCUGUCAGCCCAGGUCAAAGGAGAUCUUAUUUAUUAUUCAUUGGUAUUAUUUAUAGCGUAUGUGUGUGUUAGUCAUUUAAGCUCACAUAGAUUAAUUACAUGGCUUUGCUUAUUUGCUUUGGAUUGUAAUUAAUCAUGAAAUAGUCCCAUCGGGAGUGUUUAUAGUACAUAUGGAUGUAAAGGUUGCUGUUGUGUAUAUAUUACUGAAUAGGUGUGCUGAUAACUUCGUACAUGUACAAUUGUAUAGAUAUGAGUGGAAAAUUUAUUUAUUUAUAUAUUGAUGUAACCGAUUGCUAGUGUAAACACUGAAUAUAUGUUAUAAUGUCCGACACUGGCAAACUUGUUAACUCGUUUGAUGUAUAACUGUUGUUUUAAGGUGAAAUUCACAUGUUAAAUAAACUUAUAAUAGUAUAUUUUGACAUACAAUACAUAUAUUUUGAAAGUUUUCAUUUUCACCGACAUCUUCGCUCUCCACUUUUAAGUGUGUGUAUAUAUAUAUAUUGCUCAUGUUCAUUUGCUAGUUGACAAGGUGAGCCUAACUCACAGCACAGGAUUAUUUUGGUAGGCGUGCCUUCAUCUCAUUUAAUAAUUAUUUUAUUGACUCUUAUUCCUUUUCCGAUCUUUGUUUACGUUUUUUAAGCUAAUCUGUAAAGGGAGCUAAUCUCAUAUUCAUAGGCUGUCCAUAAUCAUACAGUUUACAUUUGCAACACAAGGUUUUUCUAAUAUACAGAUCUCACCUUCGAUACAUGCUGACAUCCACUUAAAAUUCAGACGUGUCCCAAGUUGGGUGUUACGGGGAUUAAAAAUGUGUGUGGUUCUAUUAGGUUUUGACUUGAACCCUCAGGCACAGUGAGGUAUUAAUAUGCAUGUAGCUUUUACAUUUAAUUCACAGCACUAUUACCACAACAUAGGGGUCCUGUCUUUAGUAUCCUCCUUUACCAUUAACUAUCAUUGUAUUUAUGCACAUUGGUUUAAACAGGUUGGGUUUUUUGUUUUCGUAAAUUCAUCAUGUUAUUGAAAUAAAAAUAACUGAUUCAUUUAUUUUAUUAUUUUUUAAAUUACAUAUUUUUACUUUUUAUUAACAUAACAUUUUUUUUUCCCUUGUCAGUAUAUCUACUUUUUGAAACCGGUACAUGUCCGUCCAGUAUCGGUGUCAAGACAAUAUUGUAAGAUUUUAAACAAAAAAUACUGAUGGCUGAUUUACAAGCAAUUGUUGGUUUUUGAAAAAAAAAACCCACCUUUGUAAAUAACCUAAACUCUGCAUCUCUGGAUACAUAACUGAUACACUUUGCAUUCAGUCAUUUCUCACUAUUUAUAGCUCAUAAUCUACAACUGGUACAUAUGUAAUACUUAAACGUGAAUGACUUGUACAUUUUUAAAUCCAUGUUUUAACAUAGUUCUGUACCUACAUAUCUCACCACAGUAGUUUUUAUGGAACAACUAUUGCGUAUAGGGUUAUUGUGAAGUUAAAAUAAUAAAGACUAUAUCUACUUUGUUGUCGUGUAUGCAUAUAAGAACUGUGGACUUUUAAUGUGUGCCUUGUAGCAUUUAAAAAAAAGAAAAAAUCUUUGCCACUUAAGUAAAAUUUUAAUUCAGUAAAAUGUAGUUUUAUUAAUAUACACCUGAAAGAUAAUAUUUGUUGGAUCCUAUGACGUGGCAUAUAUAUUUUAUGUGUGCAUUUAUGUGUUAUUUUUAUAUUUUGACCAUGUCACAUAGCCUACUUACUGUAAAUGUUUUUGAAGAGCACGACAGUAUAGUUCAUUGAUUGUUGUAUACUUUGUGAACAUCUUACUGUUAUGGAGGAACAUCAGAUAUAUUGUAUUUGGGUUUUUUUUAUAACUGGAAUAUUUGUUAAAUUGUUGCCUUUUUCACAAUCCACUUAGCAUCCAUAAUUCUACAGAUUAAAAAAAUUAUAAAAAAAAAAAAAAAAAGACAGCAAAGCACUUAACAAUCACAUAAAGGCAAAUAUGGGUGUGUUUUUGUACCUUUUUAACUAAUAUUGGUUUUCAUUAUUGUAUACCCGCACUUAUUUAUGCAGUAUAACACACAAUAGAGUAAACAAUCAGCUUAGUGGGAAUUAUCAAUUCUUAGAUGAAAACCUCACUUGAUACUUCAAAAAGUAAUAUGUAAUCUAGGUUCAAGACAAAUGUUAAAAUUUGUUUUAUUUGAAAGUUUGCUGAAAAUGUAUAAUUUGUUUUUGUACUGAAUUCUUCCAUAAAAUCUGCAAAACAAAUUUAAUUAGUGUUUCUUUGACCUAUUACCAUACAUACAAGACUACAGAACCAUUGUCAGACCUGUCUGUAAGUACUGAUGAGGGUUGAACAGACGUUGAUGGUGCCAAAAAUACUACUUUGUACUUAAAUUGUCUCAAUUUUGUAUUUUGGAAUUUUCCUUCAUAAAGGGAGAUUGGCACGGUUGAGGCUAAACUUAGCAUGCAAGCCAUAUUGGUUUAGUUGAUUUAAUCCUUUUUAUAAAACAAGUUAAGUACAUUUUGUGAUUUAUAAACUUAAAACAAUCUUUGUGAUGUAGUUACAAAGUUAUUUUUAAGCACACUGGUGAUUAUAAAAAAUGGUAGGAUGUUAGAAUUUUGUAACCUACCCACCAUGUGUACAUGCAUUUACCCCAAAAAAUAAUUUUUAAAUUGGGGUGGGGGCAUUGAUUUAUUGAUUUUUUAAAAUAAAUAUUAAAUUUAGAAAAUUGUAUUUCUUUUAAGCAUGCAUAAUUUUAAUCUUUGACUUGUUUAGUUUUAUUUGAAAUUGGUGCAGUUUAUUUUCACAUAGAAAAACUGGUCUAAAUUAGUUCAGACUGGUCACCGUAUUAUGAAUGCAGCACUUUGCUUUAAUCUAGUUGUGUGAUGCGCAUAUAUAUAUAUAUAUAUAUAUAUAUAGUUGACAGUUGUAUAUAUAAUAUUAUAUUGGAGUUAGUGCAAGUGCUAUCUGUUCUUAUGUCUGUCCAUGCCUAAUCCAUAUGUACAGUGUUAAAGAAUGGACUCUAAUGUAUUGUAUAUUAGUUUUUGUAGAUAAGUUGUAUUUAUUAUCAUUUGUCAAAAUGCUGAAAUACAUCUCAUUUUACCAAAGGUUUUAUCCGUCCAUAGUAUUUUAAAAUCUUUGCAGUUAUUUUUGUACAGCUGUUAUCAACUACUUGAACAUAUAAUAUAGCCAUUUAUUAGUCUAGGAGAGUGAACUCUACACUGGUUGCAUAAAACUAACUCUCAUAGGUUUACGAUUUUUUAACUAUUGCUAUAGCUUAAUAUUCAUGGCAUUUUUAAUUAUUCUUAAACUGAGCUUGAUUGAUAAUAUUCUCAUAAUAAAAUAUUUUUUUAAAAUAAAGAUAAAUGCACUUUACAAUGUUUUGUGUGCAGUUAUUUAAUAUACUGCUGCUGAAAUUGCCACCAUUUAAUGAUUUAGAGACUGCUUUCUAGGAUUGUAUUUUCUUACCAUGUUAAAACCAUUUCAAAAUGUAAAUGUACAAAAGAUCUGUUAAAAUAUUACAAACAGUUGUAACAAUACUGUCUGAAUAUCAUACUUUUAAAAAUGUUCAUAAAAUUGGAAUAAUAAACAACCUUUUGGGGGUUGUAUCAGUUACAAAAGUCCAGGAAUACUUCAGAUGUACUUCAGAAAUUUGUUGAUAAUUAUUUUUAUGCAGCUUGUUGUGUGAAUUAUUACAUCACUUUGUUAUUAAUGUGCUUAAUAUGAUUACACUUCUCCGUCCAGUAUGUUCACCAUGCAACUCGUUACUUAUGCACAGAAGUCAUUUUAUGAGUCCACUAUUUGUAACAAGUUUGCCUUGUACCCCCUGUGCUAGGAUCAAAUGAUUCUUUAAAUUAUCUUUUUAAGUUUAUGCAUACUUAAAAAAAAGACUUAAUUAUUUAUACAGUUUAUAUUGUAAUAGUUCUAACCCCAAAUGUUUCAUUUUAUUGUUGUUGAAAAUGGUAUCAAUUUAAUUAAAAUUUUAAAACUACAUUAUGUUUUUAAAGUUCCGAUAGACUGUCUUUUAUUUUAGUUGUUAAAAUUUUAAAAGUAAAAUGGAGAAAAAUAAGUAAAGUUUAGAAUCGGGUAACCACUGCAACUCCAUGUGGUUCCUGAACAAGAUAUACCAAGUUUUAAUGAAUUGUAAGAUUUUUCUUUUCAUUGCGAUGAGAACGGCAUUUGAAACGACAUAAUUGAAUGUUUCCACUAUAUAAAUCUUAUUGAUAGAAGCUUGCUCAAUUUUUCAAUUUUGUGAUCAUAACAUGGAAAUAAACGGUACAGCAAAA